AUGGUCUGUAAAGGUUAUAACGCUAAAAUGUUCCGACUGGAAAGGAUAUUUGCAUUCUUACUCCUCGGAUUCUGUAUCUUCGCUGUUGCCUUCUACACAAAGUUUGUGUACACGACACAAAGGAGUGUUCGCGAUGGUGUCAAUGUAAGACCUGAUGAAAGAAAAACUGAGAUUAAUUUUCUGAACAAUGACCAGUACAGUCAAAAAGACAACUCUUUUGUCGAUGGUGUCAAUUCACAGGACGAAAACUGGAGUUUCAAUGACGAAAUCCAGCCUGAAAGCCGGAAAUAUUUGGUGUAUUCCUGCUCUGGUAGAUCACCAUGUGGUGGCUGGGGCGAUAGACUGCGCGGCAUUGUCUCCACCUACGUCAUGGCGGUGUUGACCAAUCGAGUCUUCGUAAUCAACAUGACGUCACCGUGUCCAUUGACAAUGUGGCUCCACCCAAAUUUAAUCCCUUGGACAGUACACAUCAAACCGGAAAGCCAGACAGACGAAAUAUUCAUUGACGUUCACGACAACACUCGCUUUUCUGAACUACUCAAAAGCGUGGAUCUAUCCAAAUUCUUCAUCAAAGACGUGGUGAGGCUCACACCGAACUACGACUUGUUCUCUCGACUGAAACUUAACCCAAUUUAUCAAACACAGCUUACAGAGAUGAGCAAGCCGGUGCCAGGAAAACCGGUGUCGCUUUUCUCGCGAAUAUUCGAAGAUUUAUUCGCAAUGAAUCAUAACCUAGAAUUCCAAGUGUCCAAGUUUUUAGCUGGAUUGUACGAACCCAAGCGACAUCGAACGUUGAUAUGUGCUCAAAUAAGGAUGGGAAGAAAUCCCAGCAUUCCACGCGACACAGAAAUCAGAACGAGGCCAUCUGAACUAAAGGCUUUGUGGAACUUUUUGCAGGAGUACAAAAACGACAAUAGGUUUAAAAUAUUUGUGACUACAGAUUCAGAAUCAGUCCGGAAAGAAGCUAAGAAAUUAUUUUCCUCUCAAAUCUUGGACACUUCCGGUCCCAUAACACAUCCGGACUAUCGCCAUGGCAACGAUAGCUGUUUGGGUCUGGGGAAGAUAAUUUUGGACCAGUAUCUGUUGCGGUUCUGUGACACCUUGGUGAUUAGUAAAAGUUUGUUUGGUGUCAUUGGUGCUCAUUUGAGAGGAAAAACGAGCAAUCUGUAUCAAUUUUCGAAUGGAACUGUUGAUAGGAUGGCUUUGAGUGCCUAUCAUUUGUUUAACUUUUAGAACUUUGAUCCACAUAAAUGGCUAUUGAAGUUACAAAUUUGUUCAAAAAGACAAAAAUUAAACAAUGUUGAUACAGCAUCUUCUGGAUGCGUCUUUUGCUGUUGUUUAAGAAGAAUGUAGGGGGCGUGGAUCAACAUGAAAGAAUACAGCAUGCAUG